GCAACCCUGUCAGAGUUGAAUGCCGAAUUUAAAGGGAAUGUAAACAUUUGUUUUUUUUGGAAAAUGUUUAUGUUUCGAAACUGCGCCGUUUUGGUGAUUAUUGGCUCCGUUUUCUGUUUCCUGAUUGGCAUACUCAAUCUCCAAGUAGGAGUAGAGAAAAAUGCCUGUCGCAUGACCUAUAUGUUUGGCGAGCCAAUGUUUGCGCGUGUCCGGCUGCAAGAUAAGGAAAGUGAAUUAUAUCCCAACUAUGGGCUCUACUACUAUUACGAGGGUGCACGCCAACAACCAGUGGAUCCGUUAAAAAAGCGCAUGACGGGAGCUCCAGUCAUAUUUGUACCCGGCAAUGCCGGCUCCCAUAAACAAGUGCGUUCUCUGGCAUCGGUGGCCCUACGAAAGGCAAUGAGCAGUGAUGCAGGCAUUCAUCUGGACUACUAUACCAUUGAUUUCGAUGAGGAGCUAUCGGCUGUCUAUGGCGGUUAUCUGCAUCGUCAGCACAAGUUUCUCAAACUCUGCAUUCGAGCCAUUGCCAAGAUCUACGGAAGCCGAAUUGAAGAGCCAUCUAUUAUAAUAAUUGGUCACUCGAUGGGUGGCAAGUUGGCCCAAUCGAUGCUGACAGAUUCGUCUAUUGGCCAACAUAUAAAUACCAUAAUCAGUAUUUCUGCACCGCUGGAUCAUCCGGUUCUUAAUUUGGACGAGCAUUUAGAGCAAUUCUAUGCCAGUACCAAUACAAUACUCAAUCAGUCGAGAACCAAGACAUUGGCGACCACUACAACCAAUGUGUGCAAUAGUCUACAUCAGCGUCCGUUGAGUGAGCAGCAACGUCGCAAUCAGGAAAGCUCAGCCAGACUGGAUAAUGUGCUUCUCAUCUCAACUGGUGGCGGCAAUCGUGAUCUUUUAGUGCGCCCUGGUUAUACAACCUCACAGUUUAAUGAUCUGCAUGCAAUGACUUCAGCCAUACCUCGAGUUAGCCUGAGUUGUGAUCAUCUUUCGGCCGUUUGGUGCCUGCAAUUUAUGCAGGUCAUAAAUCGUUUCUUGUUCUCCAUUGCCCAGACACGAGGAGACGGUACGGUUCACUUCAACACCAACAAGGAACGCAAUUUACAAUCUGCCAUGGCACAUUUUAUCAAACCCAGGAGUCGCCAUCAAAAUAUAGUUAAACUUCCGCGUGAUAGCAAUUGGCAUGAGGAGCGUCGUCUGGUCAUUAAUAAGUAUUUCUCCAAUGGCCUGAAAGCACAUUUUUAUGAUCUAAUUAGCAUUAAGCGUCCGGAACGCUAUAGAAAACUUUCUAUUGAGGCUCUGAAUGUGGAUGAUGAUGUGCACUGGCUCUUUGGAUGUGCCGCAGAGCAAUUGAAUAAUACGGAACAAGUCUAUUGCGACAAGGCUAUUCCAUUGACGCAUCUGGUCCAGCGUUUGCCCAAUGGUGAUCAGGAUUCGCGCAACGUGGCUCUGCUGGAUCUGCACAAUUUGAUGAAAACCUAUCGUAAUUGGACACAUAUUCUAGUCAGUUUGCCAUCGAGCAAUCGUCGCAUUGGCUAUAAUCUGGACAUUUAUGAUCCCAAGGAGCGUCAUGUGGACAUAAGUUUGCCCAAGUGGUAUUCAUUUGGUCAACGAACUGCCAUAAAUGAGACCCUACAGGGUACAUUACACUAUAGACUACGGAUAUCAAAUCUCAUCGAGCCGUAUCAGAGUCUGCGAGUUCUAGUCGAACCGUUGCAGUGUCUUAAGCCCGAGUAUAGAGUCACAACCAGAAUAUGCGUACCUUGGGCAGCAGGCUUUGAGCGGUAUCAGACAUUGAUUUCACCAAGUGAUAAACCAGGAUUAUAUGUAAAUGUUCCCAUCAUUAUUCCGCCACAUUAUAAUACUACAAUAAAUCCGGUUAUUGUGGAUUUAUAUUUGGAUCCAAUUUGCCGUUAUCGCAUAAGCUAUGAGUAUUCAUAUGCUGAUGCCUUGUCAAGAUUGGUUUUGGAAUUCUCUGGUUGGUUGCCCGCCCAUCUUGCUUGUGUGCUCCUGAUUGUGUUGCGAAAACAGGUGGAAACAUUUCAAGUCCAGGGUAGUUUUAAAAGUCUUAAACCCUACAUUGGCUAUCUGCAGUACACAUCGCUUUUAGUGGUCACUGCUUGUCGGAUUCUAAAGAAAUUGAUUCUAAAUACUCGUGUGCUGCCUGAGCCAGAGAAUUUGGAUUUUAGCAUUAAUAUAUCGAUUGUGAUCCAUUGUACGGCAAUUGGUUUAUCCAUUUUAGCCUCUCUAGUCACCUGGCUGUCGUUGACCUUAUAUGGCAAUGCCUUUUAUCGUGUGGCUUUGCGUGUAACACGUCUAUCACAAGCUAGCUCCAACAUAAUGAUCUCCAUAAUGACAUAUUUACCCAUCACCUAUGGCGUACUAACCAUUGCCAUGACUUUGAGCACUUGCAGUGGCAUUGGUUUACUUUUGGCCUUUGUUUUCUACUUUAUAAUGCUAUCGAAUGCCUAUAAGGAUUAUCUAGAAGAUUAUUUGUGGCAGAAGGCUGCAAAUUUGUUACAUCUGGCCACCGGAACAAGAACAUCCGAUGAAUCGGAAUCAUCUGGGCAGGAAAACAACGAAAAUGCAUUAGAGAAAGAUGCAGAUGAAGAUGGCAGCGUUCGCACUAAGACGGACGAAGAUACAUGUGUGGGCCUACAGAAUUUCCCCUUUCACAUUACAUUAUUGUUAAUGCUGUUUAUGCAAUUGCUAUUGAGUGCCCCCGCCACACUGGCUUGGCUACGUAGACACCACUCUGGCGUUGAUCUUCCCGAUGCUGGUAUUUAUCCCACCAUUAUUGUCCUCGGCUCCUUGAGUGUCCUCUUGCAAUUAAGAGCUCCACAAAAGGGUUGCGGCUAUUGGGCUCUAUCCAUAAUAUUGUACUUAAUAUCUGGAAUUGUUCUGCUCUAUUGUCAGGCUGCCAUUUAUAGGCUAAAUUAUAUAUUUGCCGGAGCUUUUGCCCUUUUGGCGGCUCAUCAGGCGAUUUCGAUACUGGUUCGUCGUUGAAAUGGAAAGUAGUGGAAAACAAGUUCAAUUCAUUUCGGUUGUGUGUGUGUAUAGUUUUUAUUUGUUAUUUAGAUUUGUUUAACUUCACCCGCUCCUUUUUGUCGUUUAUGUGUAUGGACAAUACCAAAGAGAUUUUAAUGUUUACAUAAGCCGUGUUUUUACCAAUUAGAGAUAGAGAAAUUGGUGUAAUAACUUUUCUUUUUAUGUUUCUUGUUUCUUGUUUUUUUUUUUUUUUUUUGUUUUUUGCGGGAAGUCCAAAAUGUUUAUUAACCAUAUGGGCGUUGUCCUCGAUGUUAGGCCGCCGAUAUCUGCACACAUUGCACUAAUAAAUAGUUUUUUACGCCUGCAUUUUAGCAAUAACAACAAAAACAACAACAUCUAGUCGCUAACCAUAUAUGUGAAAAGUGUGAAAAUGUCUAUAAUUAUAUAUAUAUAUGUAUAUAUCUAUACAUAUGUAGAAAUUACACUAAACAUCAUAAGAAAUUGGCAAAGUAAAUGAAAUUAUUAUUG